GAGUCGAGUUGACCCACAGUUUAGUGCUGACUAUGGUUUACAGAACAUCUGCCAGCAGCACCAUUGUACCACAGUGCAGCUGUCACCAUUACUUAAUCCGCAUUGGUUUGCAGCAAAAAGACAAUUGAGCAAGACAACUCAACAGCGCUGAACCCCUGCGCCCUGGUCAUCGAUUCAGAACGGUCAGAGGUGGACUUUGCCCACAAUUUUUGGACUCUUUUGGGGAAUGCUAAAGAGGAGGAUACGCUAUUUGGAACAUGUUACUGGGAAAAUUGUUAGUUGUUCUCUUCGCACUCCUUGCGGGAUCCAGUGUUAGUGUGGCAUAUGUCUUUCAAGCAAGUCGACCUGGAGAAGAUGCAGGAUCUCCGCCACAAACCAAAACUAUCUCAGACUCCCUGUGGGUUAGCUCAGCAGGAUCAUGUAAGGGCAGAUGUUUCGAAUUGGAAGAAGCUUUACCGCCAGGUUGCAGAUGUGACAACUUGUGCAAAACCUACUACAGCUGCUGCUCAGAUUUCGAUGAGCACUGUUUAAAAACAGCGGGUGGCUUUGAGUGCAGUGAAGAUCGCUGUGGAGAGACGAGGAAUGAUGAGCAUGCAUGCCACUGCUCAGAAGAUUGUCUGGAGAAAGGAGACUGCUGCACCAACUACAAAGCCCUCUGCAAAGGAGACACUAAAUGGGUGGACGGUGAGUGUGAGGACAUCACAGGCCCUGAAUGUCCUGCAGGUUUUAUCCGCCCUCCUCUGAUCAUGCUGUCGGUGGAUGGGUUCCGGGCCUCCUACAUGAAGAAGGGCAAAGCGGUGAUCCCCAACAUGGAGAAACUGAGAACAUGUGGCACUCAUGCACCCUACAUGCGACCAGUGUACCCCUCCAAAACUUUUCCCAAUUUGUAUACUCUUGCCACGGGGCUUUAUCCUGAGUCUCAUGGAAUAGUGGGAAACUCCAUGCAUGACCCCGUGUUCGACGCCAAUUUCCACUUGAGGGGGAGGGAGAAACUGAACCACCGCUGGUGGGGUGGCCAACCUAUCUGGAUCACUGCAGAGAAGCAAGGGGUGAAGGCAGGCACCUUCUUCUGGCCGUGGGUGAUUCCACUGGAGAGGAGAAUCCUGACCAUCUUGCGUUGGCUAAGUCUUCCUGACGAUGAGAGGCCCUAUGUGUACGCUGUCCACUCAGAGCAGCCUGACACCUUCGGACACAGACUGGGGCCCUUCAGCACUGAGUUGGACAACCCCCUGAGGGAGAUUGAUAAUGUCAUUGGACAGCUGAUGAACGGCCUGAAGCAGAUGAACCUACACCGCUGUGUCAACAUCAUCGUCGUUGGAGACCAUGGAAUGGAGGAGGCCCACUGUGAUAGGACUGAGUUCCUCAGUACCUAUCCUGUGAACGUGGAUGAGAUCAAUCUGAUCCCUGGAUCUCUUGGGAGAAUCCGGGCCCGGGAUCCCAAAUCAACCACCUAUGACCCAAAAGUAGUUGUGGCAAAUCUUACAUGUAAAAUGCCAACCCAGCACUUUAAGCCUUACUUGAAACAACACCUCCCGAAACGGCUUCACUACGCCAACAACCGCAGAAUUGAGGCUGUCCACUUACUCAUGGAGAGAAAGUGGCACGUUGCUUGGAAAGUACCUGAAAACAGGAGGCAUCCUGGGAGAUGUGGUUUCUUUGGUGACCACGGAUUUGACAAUAAGAUCACCAGUAUGCGGACAAUCUUUUUGGGCUAUGGACCAAGCUUUAUGUUCCAGACCAAAGUGGCAGAAUUUGAAAAUAUCGAGUUGUACAAUGUCAUGUGCGACCUCCUGGGCUUAGUCCCUGCCCCUAACAAUGGAACCCAUGGCAGUCUGAAUGACAUGCUGAAAGCUCCUCCUUUCACACCGAUCAUGCCAGAGGAAGUGACCGCACCCACCACCUCUGACACCACCUCUGCCACAACCUACGACUUGGGAUGUAGCUGUGACAAUGAGAACAAAGUGGAGGAGAACAAUCAGAGAUUCAGCCCAGCAGCAGAUGAAGCCACACACCUCCCCUUCGGUCGACCAGCGGUUAUUUUUCAAACGACGUACAGCCUCCUCCUCCACAGUGAUUUCAUCAGUGGAUACAGCCAGGAGCUCUCCAUGCCCCUAUGGACGUCAUUCACAGUGCCCAAACAAGAAGAAGUCACGCCCCUCCCUGAGCCUGAGCCAGUGAGUGAGUGUGUGAGAGCAGACCUGCGGGUCCCUCCUGAACACAGCCAGGCCUGCACCACCUACAGCCAGGAUACAGACGUCUCCUAUGGCUUCCUCUAUCCACCAGAGCUGGCCCUGUCUCCUGAAUCAAAAUAUGAUGCAUCACUGAUCACAAACACCGUUCCCAUGUACCCUGCAUUCAAAAAAGUAUGGAGCUACCUCCAGGGGACUCUUCUCAAGCGCUACGCAGAGGAGAAUAACGGCAUCAAUGUGGUCACCGGUCCCAUCUUUGACUACAACUACGAUGGCCUCCGGGACACCACCGUGAAGAUCAAAGAAUACGCCGCAGUCUCGGCUCCGGUCCCCACACACUACUAUGUAGUGAUCACCAGCUGUCAGGAUGUCAACCAGACGGCCGGGGUGUGUGACGGCCCCCUCAAUGUCUUCUCCUUCCUCCUACCCCACCGCUCAGACAACGACGAGAGCUGCAAGAGCUCAGAGGACGAGUCGCAGUGGGUGGAGGAGCUGCUGAAGCUGCACACAGCGCGGGUCAGAGACGUGGAGAUCCUCACAGGCCUGGACUUGUACCGCUCCACCACCCUGAACUACACCCAGACCCUCUCCCUCAAGACCUACCUGCACACCUUCGAGAGUGACACCUAAAACAGACACACACAAACUCCCUCUCACUGUAUCUCUGUAUCGUUUUCCCUCUCUUCUCAAUUUUCAUACUGUGUUUCACUUACCCUCUUUGUCUCUCCCCUCUUUGUCCCACUGGGCACAGAUGUAAAUUCAACGUCUAUUACACGUUGGUUCAACGUAAUUUCAUUGAAAUGACGUGAAAAACAACUUUGAUUCAACCCGUGUGUGCCCAGUGGGGUCUUUCUCUUUCUCUCUCCCCAGUACAUGUCUGAUCCUUAGGUGUAUAUUUUUUAUAGUAUUUGUCAUAUUUAUUAUGUAGGGGAUAAAAAUGCUGCCACUUCGUCACACUAAUCCAGAGAGCUCUUGUGUUCGAAAUAGGAGUGGAAUUAGACUUUUGUUGUGUAUGGUUUGAGAGAAAGUGUUGUGUUGUGAAUUAAGUGUUUGUUUGGGGAAGUGGAGGAAUGGGUUGGAUUAGGUUAAUGGAAGCUUUUGGUUGCAGGAAGAUUAUGUCAUAUCCAGUGGUGGAAAAAGUACCCAAUUGUCAUACUUGAGUAAAAGUAAAGAUAUCUUUAAUAGAAAAUUGAAAGUCCCCUAGUAAAAUACUACUUGAGUAAAAGUCUAAAAGUAUUUGGUUUUAAAUAUACCUAAGUAUCAAAAGUAAAUGUAAUUGUUAAAAUAUA